AAAAAAGCAUUUUUUAUUGAAUUGAAACAGGUCAUAUUUAUCAGUUGGGUUCAAAAAACGCUCCUUUCUAUAUGUUAUAUGUUGAUUCCCGUUAGACUCCGCCUCAACUGAUAUGUCUGCGUAUAAUUAUUGGUGGUCAAUUUAACAUUACGUGAAAUGGAAAGGGAGUUUUAAUUUCUAAUUCAGAUCAAGCUUUUAUUUUGAAGUCCAGUACGACCUGAAAUCCAACGGAAGUGAAUGCCUCCUAGCAACAUGACCUCCGUCAUCAACGUUUCGUUUCCCCUAUUUUAAUAAGUGAAAAUUACAACUUAAUAGUCUUUUGAGUAUAAUAUAAACAUUUCAUAGAAUUCAAACUUUUUUACCGCUGAUAUUAGAGAUUUUUACUGUUAAUUUUCCUCCCAGACGUACUAGAAGCGUCGAGUAUUAGCUUAGCAUGUUAGCCGGAAACGGACGGAUUUUUUUCUGAAGGAGUUUAAGAAAAGUUUUAACUUUGAUUGUGUGAAAACCUUCGAAGGUCUCGACUUUGGAGUAAACACAGAAGAGACGGAGGAACCGACCCAGAGUGAGGAGACGGACUUUAAGUGUGAAGACGUCCAGCAGCUGAUGGAGACAAAAGAGGAGGAGACCUGGAGUCAGGACCAGGAGGACCAAAAACCUCCACAGAUUAAAGAAGAGCAGGAGGAGAAUGAGAUCACUCAGUCGACAUUCAGUCCUGUUCCCGUGAAGAGUGAAGAAGAUGACGAGAAACCUCAACUCUCAGAGCUUCAUCGCAACCAAAAUGAGAAAAACAGAGACUUUGUGAAACAAGAACCAGAUGAAUGUUUGAAGUCAGAUGACAAAGAGAGAGAUUCCUCAGAGACGGACGUAAGUGAUGGAAAUUGGGAGGAGAUCCGUAAAGCUCAGUCAUGUUUGGGGUCUGGGUCAAAUAAAACGCUUGGUGAUUCUGGAAAGACUAAAGAUGAUGAAGAUCACAGCCAAACUGUGAAGAACAGAAACUCUGUGGAACCAAAUGAAUGUUCAAAAUCAGAUGAUGAAGAUGAAACUUCUGAUUCUUCUUCAAAGUCUUCAGAGACAGACGUCAGUGAUGGAAACUGGGAGGAGAGCAGUGAAGCCCAGUCAGGUUUAAACUGCACGACGCCUAGGGAGUCCUGUGGACGUUUCAGCUGCUCUGAAUGUAGUAAAAGCUUCACUCGCAGACAGUAUUUAUCAGAACACCAGAGAAUCCAUACAGGAGUAAAACCCUUCAGCUGCUCCAUCUGCUGCAGAGCUUUUAGAUGGAAAAACGGAUUAGUGCGACACAUGAAAUCUCACAGUGGAGAAAAACCUUUUAGCUGCUCAGACUGUGACAAAACUUUUUCUUCUAAGAAGAAUUUGAUGGAACACACAAAGGUUCACUCAGGGGAUAAACCUUACACCUGUUCUGUCUGUAAUGCAUCUUUUAAAAGAGCACACACCUUAAAGGAACAUAAAACAACCCACACUGGAGAGAAACCUUACAAAUGCUCAAUCUGUAACCAAAGCUUCAGGUACCGGUCCUAUCUAAUCGUUCAUGUAAGAAAUCACAAAGAAGAAAAACCAUUCAGCUGUCCCACCUGUAAAGCAACAUUCAAACGGAAACUCACAUUAGAGGAACACAUCAGAACCCACACUGGAGAGAAACCUUACAGCUGCUCGCUGUGCAGUAACAGCUAUGUCCGCUAUAUAAGCCUGUCUCGUCACAUGAGGUGUCACACAGGAGAGAAACCGUAUAGCUGCUCCACCUGUCAGGCCACGUUCAGGUGGAGACAAGCGUUCGUGGCCCACACAAAGAUCCAUCCAGUGAAAUAACCUUUUACCUGCUCAGGGCGUUUUUGUCCCAUUUGAGCCCUCCCAAAUCACAAUCAGGGCUCUUUAAUCUGUUAGUUGAAAUAUUGUAUUUUUAUUGUUGGGACAUUUGAUACUCAUGUGUGCGGUGCUGAUAAGCCAAUGGCAACUUACCUUUUAAACCAUGACAAUGUUGAUGCUGUUUAAAGCCAUGGGUUACCUCUAUUUAACUUAGUUGAGUGGUUUAUUGAUCAUGAGCCUGUUUUAUUUUACGUUUUUCUUCUACCAAAGUUGACAUUGCUGCUGUUGAAAGUUGCUUAUUUUAACUCUUUCACUUCCCUGUUGAUUUUAAUUGGAGCUAGAAGCUCACAGAAGAGUUUAAGUUAUGGUUUUGCUUAAUUUUCCAAACUGUUUUGGACUCCAUGGACCUUCUUUAAAAUUCAACAAACAUUAUCCACCUUUCCACCAUUUUCUGUCUACCUCAAAACACAGAAAUGUAGCAAUUUUACUUUGUAUGGCUGCAUAAAAAUGGGCCAACAUGAGUCAAUAAAACAGAAAACUUUAAACUCAGCAACUUGUACGAUUAGUUUUUUUUUGUUUUUUUGUUUUUUUAACAAAAAUUAAUAUUUGGUCACUAUAGGUCAGUUCAACAGAAGCUUGCUUCUAUUAUUUAAAGUAUUAAGUGGCAGAUGAGAGAAUAAAAUCCUAAUUGUCAGAGGGAUGGCAGGGUAAACUUGUUCAUUUAGUCCAAAAUCUGAGGAGGAAAAGACAAAAAAACUGCAGCUGAGUAACUAGAAUUCAGCUUCUACGCACCGUAGUUCUGGAACAAACUUCCAGAAAACUACAAAACAGCCGAAACACUGCGUUCCUUUAGAUCAAGACUGAAAAAAGAGAAAUUGAUUAUUUUAAUGGCGGCACUUGAAAAAAUAUUAUGUCUGUUUUUGGUUUUCAAAAUUGUUGGUUGUAUGAUGUGUUUAUUAUGUUUUUUGUGUUUAUAUGACUUUGAACUGCUGUGCUGCUGCAAUGUGCUCUACAAAUAAACUUGAUGGAUUAAGUUAUGAA